AUGGAAGAUGUGUAUAAAAGAUGUGUGGAUCCUUCUUGUUUUGAUAGGGAUCCUUCCAUUAAGUUAAACCGUCAAUAUCCUCCUGAUAGAGGUGAACUUGGCAACGCCGGUUGGCUUUUCCUACACACUUUAGCUUCAAAAUACCCUAAAACUCCUGAUGAGGAUAGUAAGUUGAAAACUUUGGCCUUUUUAUAUUCAUUUGCUGAUAUGUACCCCUGUUCAGUUUGCAGGGACAGUCUGGUUGACAUUUAUAAACGUUUUCCACCCAGGGCUGAUUCUCGAGAAAGCCUUGUAAAGUGGACUUCAGAUAUCCAUAACUGCGUAAAUCAAGAAAUUGGAAAAGAACCUGAAAGGUACUCUUAUCAACAACUCCUGGAAAUGUACCCUCCGGACUAAUUAUUGCAUUGUUAAUACAGUACGAAAAUACGGUAAACUAAAUGUAAAAUGAUACUAAAUUACAGCCAAAUUAAGCUGAAUUAAAGAUGAAAUGAAGAUAAAACUUUAUAAAAUGGAUUCCAUAUCAUUUGGAUUAACUUCAUCAAAGCCUCUGGUGUAUUUUUCCAUGUCCUGUUCAAUGAAUUGGAACUUGCUCUUAUCGAAAUUACUAAACUCAUUGGCCAGUUCAACCUUCCCGUCGUCAUGGAGCUGGUUCGAGUAGUAUCCACAGCCAGGGUUACAGCAUACAAACACGAGCAUCAUCGCAUCAUCGGUGACUCGCUCAGGAAGCUGGAAGAAAACAGCCUUCUGGUGACCACACUUUAAACACCUCCAACGUGUAGUCCUACCCAAUGUCGGAUCCUUAACAACCAUUGGUGAUACAAAUAUAUUCUCUCUAAACAUAACGCGGUUAAUAUUUUAUCAAC